CUCCUGAAGUGGAGCUGCUCCGUGUUGUGUGUGGAGGCGCACUGGGGCCCUGUGGUGGGGCUGUUGGUGGGACGUCGAGACCGAGCCCUCGCGGGAUGCGGGAGGCUGGGGCGGAGACGUUACUCCUGUGGGUCGGCAGCCGCGCGGGAGGGGAGAGAGGUAGACACCCCCCCCCAUUUGCCGGCCGGCUGCCUCACCUUUGUACACCAGGGGUUGGAAAAACAACUCUAGGCAAAGAACUUGCAACAAGAUCAGGAUUGAAAUACGUUAAUGUGGGCGAUUUAGCUCGAGAAGGGCAGUUGUAUGAUGGCUAUGAUGAAGAAUAUGAUUGUCCCAUUUUAGAUGAAGAUAGAGUAGUCGAUGAAUUAGAGAACCAAAUGAGAGAAGGUGGAGUUAUCGUUGAUUAUCAUGGUUGUGAUUUCUUCCCUGAACGCUGGUUUCAUAUAGUGUUUGUGCUGAGAACCGAUAACAGUGUGUUAUACAAAAGACUGGAAACAAGGGGAUAUAAUGAGAAGAAACUAAAGGAGAAUAUUCAGUGUGAAAUUUUUCAGGUUCUUUAUGAAGAAGCCUUAGAAUCUUAUGAGAAGGAAAUAGUGCACCAGCUGCUCAGCAAUGAACCAGAAGAUCUAGAAAAUAAUAUUAAUGAGAUCAUGAAGUGGAUUGAGCAAUGGGUCAAGGAUCAUAACUCUUAAGUCCCAAGACUGGCCAUUUUGUAAUCACUCUUAAUAUCUCCCUACCUAUAUGAUUUAUUGUCCACUAAGUCGUAAAACUUUAAAACUGAUGCAAGAAUAAAUACAUGUGACCAAACAA